CUCCUGCGCCGCAGUUCGCUUGCCAUGUGCUGCUGGGAAAGCUGCACAGCCUUCCUUUGAAGGGUGGUGAUGAUGUCUGGCUGGUGCUAGCUGCUCAAGCAGCUGGAAACACAGGCAUACAAUGCCAGAGGAAGGUGAAGUGGUCACUGUGCUGCACUUCAACGACUGCUACAAUGUGGAGGAGCAGCAUGGUGAACCCGUUGGUGGGGCCACCCGCUUUUGUACUGCCCUCAAAAGUUUUGUUAGCCUGAACCCACUGAUCCUGUUCAGUGGUGACGUGCUGGCUCCAUCCAUCAUGAGCACAUUCACCAAAGGCGAGCAGAUGGUACCCGUCCUAAAUUGCUGCAAAGUUGACUGCGCUGUCUAUGGAAACCAUGAUUUUGAUUUUGGCGUAGACAAUUUGACAGAGUUUGCAAAACAGACCAAAUUUCCUUGGCUGAUGUCCAAUGUAAUAGACAAUGAAACUGGAAAACUGCUGGCUGAUGGUGAGGAAUUUCGAAUCCUGGAGCGGUCGGGCAAAAAGAUUGGGUUGAUAGGACUUGUUGAGGAAGAAUGGCUUGCAACACUUGCAACUAUUGACCCAGAGGAUGUUGAAUACAAGGACUUCGUCACUGAAGGCCGAAGGCUGGCAAGAUUUUUAAAGCAGAAGGCAUGAGUAGACUAUGUUAUAGCUUUAACCCACAUGAGAACUCCCAAUGACUGCCGCUUGGCAGCCAAUGUUGAUGAGGUAGACCUUAUCCUAGGAGGCCAUGACCAUGUGUAUGAAGUCAAAAAAGUGAAUGGAAAAAACAUUGUCAAGAGUGGAACAGACUUUCGACAGUUCUCACGCGUCACCCUCACAUUCACUGCAUCGGGAGUGACAGUAGAUGUUGCUGAAGUUAAUGUCACAUCUGACUUUGCUGAAGACCCAGAGCUCAGGGAACUUCUUUCCAAGUAUAAAGAUGUUGUGCAAGGAAAAAUGGAUGAAGUGAUUGGGCAUUUUGCAGUUGAUUUGGAUGGUCGAUUUAGCAGCAUCAGAACGUCGGAGACAAAUUUAGGGAAUUUCAUCUGUGAUGUUAUGCUAUCAGCAACUCAUUCUGACCUGGCUAUCCUCAACUCUGGCACAUUGCGGUCAGAUCGAAUUCAUCGGAAGGGGGCCUUCACUAUGCGUGAUCUGGUCACCGUCCUGCCCAUGAUGGACUCACUGAUUGUGCUUAGUGCUACUGGAGACCAAAUUUUGCAAGCUUUGGAGAAUGGUGUUUCUCAGUACCCCAAGCUUGAAGGUCGCUUUCCUCAGGUAUCGGGAGUCAGCUUUGCCUUUGACCCCAAGAAGCCACCUGGCCAACGAAUAGAUCCGCAGUUUGUGCGAAUAGGUGAUGAACCUCUGGACAAAAAUCAGAAAUAUAGAUUGGUUACAAAGAACUAUCUGGCUCAGGGAAAAGAUGGCUAUGAUGUGUUCAAGGAGUGUGAGGUCUUGUUGAGAGAGGAUGAAAGCCCUGAAUUGUGCACAGCGGUACAGAAUCACUUCCAAGCAGUCCGCAUCCUCACUGGUGUUGCCCACCCUCGCACACACCACCGCCAGAGUUUGGUCUGCUUGUCUCGACGACACAGUCUGGUGCGAACUUGUGAAGACGUCACCACGAAGCCGCCGUUGAAGCGAGGUCUCAGCCUUGAUGCAUCAGCAAGAAGGGGGCUGUUUCGCCAGCGGCAAACUUCGCUUGAAGACGUUGAGCACGAGACAUGCAAAAUGGAGCCGAAGGUUGAGAAUCGCAUAGUCAUCUUGACAGAAGAAGUUGUGAAGAAGUUCUGGGAAGACAGCGAUUUGCAUCCAUUGCGUCUUGUUGAGGAAGUGAUUGAAGAAGAGCCUUCGACGGGGAGCUUUGAGAAGAACUAGCAGACAUGAAUUUUGGUUCACUUGUGUUCCCUCCAGUCCAGAGUUUACACUUUCUGCACAGCUUAAGAUAUAGCAGAAUUUUGGAAGUUUGAAUACGUAUCUUUUGGCACUGGUGCAUUUGCCUAGGUUGCAAGCAAGGCCUUUCAGCACUUUGUCACUUUAAAUUCGUCGUAAGGCAACUGAGCCUCAUGCAUCACAAGGCAAGAAUAAGCUGUAAUCAGAUGCAGAUGUCUUGGCUUUGCUUUACACUACUUUGUAAACGAUGGCAGACAAAAAAUACUGUAUGUACUUUGUCAUCCUCGUAAACCUUAAUACUGCUAUGUUCACAAGUAUUGUCAAUAAUGAUCCAGACAUUCCUCUAAGUCUAAAAACAAUGCCCUUGAUUUACAGAAAAGUAAAUAAAAAGGAAUGGGGGAGAGUUAUAUAAAAUAUAAAAAGGAAUGGGGGAGAGUUAAAUCAUAGAGCCAAUUCAUACUUUAAUAAUAUAUUACCUCAAUGAGGUGAGGAGGAUAAAGGUGUGCUUACUCGUACAUAAGCUGUAUACUGGUUUCACUUAUUGCUUUUAUUUUCUUUCAGUUAUUUAACAGUGGUAAAUUGAUUAAGCAGUUGAACUUUGGCUUUCCUGUAUCAUUUAGUUCGUUGAGAAUCUCUUAAUAUUUUAUUAUAAUUUUAACCUCCAUCAUUGUACUAUUCUCUUCAUCAAUGCAUUUUCAUUGAAAGCUGCCCGACACACUCACCAGGAGAACAAAAUUUAUAGCAUAUGUGUGUUGGUUUGAACAUACAAAUAUGGCCACGGUGGUAGUAAACAAAAGAUCUGUUGUCUAGAAACACUGCCCCAGAGAUUGUGUGCAUUUUGUCUGUUGGUUGCAUCUUAAGCUACACCAUGGAAGAUCCUGUGUGGCAACAACGUGGUUGUUGCGCUUCUAAUAUUCUAGACAAUAGGCAGGAUAAACAGAAAAAGAAAGAACAUGGCUGAAUAUAUUGAGUCUAUGCAAGUGAGUUGCACAAAUUCUAGGUUGUGAAAGUGUUCCAAGUAUUUGUUUUCUUAUUUGCGCUGCCUGUGCAACAAAAUUUUUCUUGAUGCCAAGUUGUGUAAUGCAGGGUAUACACUUUGCACCAGUGCGGUGUUCGUGGCAGUUGCCAUUGUAGCUUGAAGAACACGAGCACAACUGUCAGUAUAAUAUUGUGUAGCAACGACAGAGAUGCUAUGCGAAAUUGGGAUAUGUAGACUUCACUAUGGCAUGGAGUUGUUGACAUGCCAUUUGCACAGAGCUUGUUCUAGUUUUGUAAAAGGACACAUCGUGUUCAGAUGGCUAUCAAGAAUUUAUUUGGUUAAUAUAUAUAGUACAUUUGUUAUAUUUACUAUGUGUACCAAAAGUAUGCAAUCUAACCAGAAAUCUAUAUGAGAAAGGCUAGUUUGCUAAGUCAUUGCACAUAUUUAGAGCAUCUUUAUAUUCCUGCUGUUAAGAUUGUCACAGCACUUUCAAGUAGCAGUUUACAGUGAGAGUAGUUUACUCAAUAAUUUGAAAUUUAUUGUGUGAGCUUUAAGCAUGACGAGCUUCAUUUUAUUGUGCCUGUCAUUGCAUGUUUACAGGCACUGCAAAUGAGAAAAACCUGUCUCAGGAUCAACUACUUAAGUCUUCUUCUACACAAAGAUGUGAGGAAACUUGUGUGUGCAUUCUAUGAAGAUUUCACAAAAAUUUAUUCUUGUGAAAGGGGAUGUUUGUGAAGAACAAGCAAAAUGUCAUACCGGUUAGGACAUAAUGGCAAUACUUCCUUGUUUAACUUUUAAACUUGUUGCACAGUUUUAAUGAAAAGUAACUAUUUUAGUUCUAUAGGUGGAAAGUGUGCAUUGUUUACUAGAUAUUUAGUGUUUUAUGCUUUAUAAUCUUCAGCGCUUCUCUUCCAGUGGCAUUUUUUUACAUUCCCAAGAAUGAUGUUAGUCAUUCAUUGCUAGUCUGGAGUUAUUCUCAAAAAAGUUUCAAUGACAUAUUAGACCCAAGAGUAUUUUGUUUUAGAUAGACGUGUGUGUCAUUAAUGUGUGUACCCUGUCAAUGAUUAAGAAGUUUAGUAGUUUCUUUUGCGGCCCUUUACCAAAUAAAGCGCUCAAAAAUGUCUUUCAUGCAGGAAAUGCUUUUGCAAAAAUAAAUGUGUUGUCAGUCGCCUUCUU